AUGAGCUUCCGGAGGCUUAGGAAAGCGCAGGCGCUGACCUGCGCCUUCGAGAACGAGUUCUGCAAAUGGAUCAAUGACGCCGGGGAGGUGGCAUGGACUCUCCUCAAGGGAGGCGCGUAUGAGGGGGAGAGGUACGUCUACACGGAGGCGAGUGGUAGCAACAAGAACAAGCAGUUCAUCCUCGAGUCGGAGCGCUUCGUUAUGGACUCAGCCAUCAAGUUGUCCUUCUACUACCACAUGAAGGGUACCAAGAUGGGCGACCUAAAGGUGCUGGGCUUGGGCUCGGCGGAUGCAUGGAAUGAGCUCUUCUCCGUGUCCGGCAGUCAGGGCGACUCAUGGUUGCACGCGGAAAUCCCCAUUCCAGGCUGGAGGUUAAGGGUUUAG